GCCCCGAUGAUUCCCCUGUGGGCCGUGGCGCUGACGCGGUUCCUGACGCUGAUGGCCCACCUGGUGGCCCUGGGCAGGGUCGCAUGGGCGAGGGACACCCCCGUCCGCGCCUCGCUGCCCCUCGAAUUCUCGGCGGAGGAGUACGCGCGUGUCAACACCGAGCUGCUGUGCGCCCUGGGGUUGGCUGCGGUGCUGCUGGCCAUCGAGUUUGGGGGUUUCUUUAUGGGGGUGUCCAUGUUCCACCGCGGGCAGGGGCUGUUCUCGGUGGGGGCCCACGCAGCGGCCUCCAUCACCCUGGGCCUGGCCCUGAUGGACGGCUGGGACCUGGGGGGCUUCUGGCUGCUCCUGGGGCUCUGCAGUGCCCCCCCUGCCAUCACCGAGCUGCUGCUGCUCCCGGCCGCGCUGGGCCGCGGGGGAAGCUGUGAGCGGGGGGGGGGGCCGUGAUUUGGGGAGCGGGGGUCCCCGUGGUGCCCCCACCCACGCCCCCCCCAGGUCCC